AUGGGCACCGACCCGACGAAGCGUGGAAUCUCCACCGAGGGGACGCCGCCGUUCACCGUGCCGGCGCCCAACAGGUUUAUCUCGGGCUCACAACUGUAUCGCGGGUACCACAACUUCAUCGUGUCCAACAUGCGCGCGCCGGUCAACUGGGCGCUCUUCUCGGGCUCGCUCACCGACGCGAGCGACUUUAAGGUCCUCGCUGUCUCGGACACCGUCACGCUGCGCGAUGCGGCGGCCCCCAUGCACCUGCGGCUCUCUCGCACCUCCUCCGUGCAACAGAUGCGCGUGUCGUGGACGUCGGCGCAGGGCGACGACGCUGCGAAGCAUCGCGUCGAGUGGGGCGUCAAGGCGUCCUCGCUCGAUCGUGUCACGCCCGCCGCGAGCCACACCUACGCUCCGGCCGACCUGUGCGGCUUCCCGGCGAAUGCGUCCGGCUUCCAUGCUCCUGGAUACUUCCACGAGGCGGUGCUCGAGCUCGCGAGCGACACGCCGGGCGCGCCGCCGACCAAGUUCUUCUACCGCGUCGGCUCGGACGCGUACGGCUGGUACAUGGGUGAAACUUAUGAGGACGGCUCGCAGUACCACUGGGAGGAGCCAGACGCUGUCAACACGACAGUGCACAUUGCGAAGCGCCUCGCGAGCAACGGCGGCAAGGGCAUCGACCUCGUGCUGCACCCGGGCGAUCUGUCGUACGCCACGGGCUACGAGUCCGAGUGGGAUCGCUUCAUGGCUCAGAUUGAGCCGAUCUCGUCCUACGUGCCCUACAUGACCGGCAUGGGCAACCACGAGCGCGACUUCCCCGGCAGCGGCAACUCGAUUGGCGCGGGCGACUCCGGCGGCGAAUGCGGUGUGCCGACAGAGGCACGCUUCCACAUGCCAACGUGCGCCCAGCCAAAUACCAGGCCGUGCAUCGGCCAAAAGUACGUCGGCAAGGAGGCCGGCCGCGCUCACCACUCGUCUGUGGUCGUCGGCGUGCCGGGCACGGUGCGUGCUGCCAAGCCCGUCGGCUCGGCGGACGAUGGCUGGUACAGCUUCGAGCAGGGCCCGCUGCACGUGCUGAUGCUGCACACGGAGAUGAGCUCGGCGAAAAGCUCUCGGCAGCACGCGUUCGUCGCUGCCGACCUCGCGGCCAAUGCGCUCGGCGACCUCGAGCCGCUCCUCAUGCAGUACAAGGUGGACAUUGCGUUCUGGGGCCACAUUCACUAUGCACAGCGCUCGUGCCCGAUGAUCCAGGGGGCUUGCGUCACUUUGAAGGAUGCGGCCGGCUACGACGCGCCCAUCCAUGCCAUCAUCGGCAACGCCGGCCAGAGCCUCUCGACGUUCCCCGACCCGAGCGCACGCGCAAAGUGGUCAGUCUACCAAGCUAAGGAGUGGGGCUUCUCUCACAUGACCAUCCACAACGCGACGCACCUGACGCUGGAUUACUACGCCGACGCGCCGCUUGACGGGAAGGCGCCGCUGCACCACACCGUCACCGUCAAGCGUGGCUACCCGCGCGUCUGA